AUGAUAAGGUGUGCUGAGAGCGAGAGACAAGCUCUUCUGGAUUUCAAGCAUGGCCUUGUGGAUGACUAUGACGUUCUCUCUUCUUGGGGAACAGAUGUUCAUCAGAGAGAAUGCUGCGAUUGGUGGGGCGUUCACUGCCACAACAACACUGACCAUGUAACAAUGCUUGAUAUUCAUGACCCCAUAUAUGAUAAUAAUGGCUUCCCAACUCCACAACUUCAGAAGGAUUCUAUCUCCCUAAUUCAUCCAUAUCUGGAAGGUUACAAAGUUAGCUCAUCUCUACUUGAAUUGAGACAUUUGAAAUAUUUGGACAUUAGUCAUGUUGAUUUCCAAGGGAUUCAUUUCCCCGAUUUCAUUGGUUCCUUUAAGGGGUUGCGGGUCUUGAAACUCAUGUAUACCAACUUCUUUGGUAUUGUUCCUCCCAGAUUAGGGAAUCUCACCGAUCUACAUGUUUUAUAUAUUAGUGGACCCGAUUUGAAAAUAAAAAAUCUUGAGUGGCUCUCCCUUCUACCUUUACUAAGAUCUCUUUAUCUCUAUGCUAUUGACAUUGAUACACGAGCAACCAAUGUAAGCCUCUCUCCUUUCCUUGAAAAAUUACGGUUGCCAAGUUGUGAACUCCAUGGAACUUUGCCUUUCUUGCUAAAUUCUUCUUCUUCUUCACUUUUUUCCGUUGUUGAUUUGUCCUAUAACAGUCUCACUCCUCCUAUAUUCCAUUUGUUGCACAAUGCUAGCAAACAAUUCACUAGCAUCGACCUGUCAUACAACAACUUUGCGGGCCCCAUUCCCGACACAUUUGGAGACAUGUCCAUUCUUGAGAAUUUUUAUCUGGAUGGUAAUUCAUUCACGGGUGAAACUCCCAAAUCCUUUGAGAAUUUAACUCAUCUACAAAUUCUUUCUUUGGGUGGUAAUCAUUUGAAGGAAUCAAUUGUUGAGCUUUUAGAAAAGUUAUCUAAAGAUACAAUACCGGAAUGGUUUUGGAACUCUGCAGUGAAUUUUGAGCACAUGAACUUGUCCUAUAAUAAUAUUGGUGGGAGAUUGUCUGAUUUGUCCACCAACUUCAGCACCUCUUCUAGCUUAGAAUUUGAUUUGAGCUAUAAUAAUUUUUCGGGUUCAAUACCAUUAUUUUCUCCUGAGAUUUUAAUAAUUAAUCUCUCAAAUAAUAUGUUUGUUGGUCCAAUUUCAUCAUUGUGCUCAACUAUUAACUCAAUUGUUAUUGACCUUUCUUAUAAUCAACUCUCUGGCGAGAUUCCUGAUUGUUGGAAUAACUCUACAAGUCUAUUUGUUCUUGACUUGGGAAAUAAUCAUUUCAUCGGGAAGGUUCCACCGUCUUUAGGCUCCAUAUUUUCGCUUCAAUCAUUGCACUUGAGAAACAACCACCUUACUGGGGAAUUGCCUUCCUCACUGCAAAAUUGCACAUCAUUGUUAGUUAUGGAUCUUGGUGGCAAUGAAUUUAUGGAGAGAAUUCCAUCAUGGAUUGGGGGAUCUUUGAGUGAUUUGAUCAUUCUUAGCCUUCGGCAUAACAAGUUCUAUGGAGACAUACCUUCAUCUAUUUGUCAUCUCAAUCAAAUCCAAAUCUUGGAUCUUUCCGUUAAUGAAUUGACUGGAAAAAUUUCACAGUGCUUCAACAAUUUUACUCAUUUGAUGCAAGAUAAAUAUUCCAGAAAGCUUCAAAACGUAUGGAUGUUUUCAAAACCCUUACUUAUUUCUGAUUGGAUCUCUCUAGACAAUAUAUUGAUUCAAUGGAAAAACAAAGAGUGGAAGUAUAGGAAGCAAGUGGAACUCCUGAAAAGCAUUGAUCUUUCAAGCAAUCAAUUGAUUGGAGAUAUUCCCGAGCAAUUUUCUUCUCUCAAUGGAUUACUUUCCUUGAACCUUUCGAAUAAUCAUUUGAUUGGAAAAAUCUUUCCGACAAUCUAUCAAAUGGAGAAUUUAGAGGUUCUUGAUCUAUCUAAAAAUCAACUCUUUGGUGCAAUUCCAAUCGGUCUUGCUAGUUUGAAUUAUCUUGCUGUUCUUGACUUGUCCAACAACUCUUUAUCGGGCAAAAUUCCAACCGGCACUCAAUUGCAAAGUUCAAUGCUUCUUUCUAUGCCGGAAAUAUUGGGUUGUGCGGUGACCCACUUCCCAAAUGUUCGCCAGAUGCUCCUCCACAAAACAACAACACCAACAACAACAACCACAACGAUUAUCAAGAAGGUGAUGAUUUUCUAG